AUGGCUGAGAGGAGAGUUGUUUGGGUGAAACCCAUGCUAGCAUGCGCGAUUUUGUUGGUUGCAUUGAAUAACUGGCGGACGGAGAGUGGGCAAGCUCCAGAUAGGAUCAAAUUAAUAAAUUGGGUUAAGAAGUUCAGUGUGUCGUCAAUUGGCAAGGGGCCUGAAAAAACAUCCUUAAGGUGCUGGGGUCGUAGGCCAUCCAGGCUUCCAGAAAAACCGUUUUUGAACGAUUUAACGGCCCUCAGCACCUCGGCGGGAGAAACGCAGCCAGCCGCUGGUGUCAAUACGGGAAAGACCCGCCUGUCCACCGGAAUUUUUGGGUGGAUGGAACAUAAUUUAUCGAAGGUGUCCGGCGAGCUCUCCGCCAGGCCCUUCGGCGAACAGACAAGUCUGACAGCCGAGGACAGGUUUCCCUGUUCAAUACAAGAUGACACAGCGUUGAUCCACCGAUCGGGGUUGUGUUUUUGUUAUUUGGCAUUAUUGAACCCAUUAAAGCACAGUACCAGGGUUUCAAGACCAAUAGUUGAAUAUUCGCUUAGACGCUUGUUGACCAGAUUGCCCUGGUUGACCCGGCAACCCCCUCUGGAAGUCUUCUGUAAGACGUAUGGAACAAAACAGGGAAGUCUAACCCAGUGA